AUGGGCUGCUGUGCCUCCACCCCCUCAUCCUCCUCCUCUCCUUACCCCACUCAAGGCCCCAAUUCCUCUUCCCGUGCUGCCAUCAACACCUCCCAACCACAAUCACAAGCUGCUAUCCAGAGACCCUCGACUCACGCUUCUAGCCACAGCAAUAGACACCACCAGGCCCCUCUCGCCAAGCACAUUAAUAAACCCCUCAGACUCCAUGUCUGGAGAAGCACACAACCUCGCGUCUGGACCCGCAAAGAGCUUGAUCGUGAGCGGACAGAAUUCUUCGACACCCGGGUGACUGGGCGUCCUGAAGUAUGGCAGACGAUACAACAAGUCUUAGAGUUGUUAUGGAGUGGCGGUGACGAGGGGGAUACUGAUGGUGGACUCGGCACUGCACAGCAGAUACUAGAUGCCGCUGAUAUCACGAUACCGACCGGCGAUUUGGCAACUGGUGGAGUGUACGACAGUCUUGGGGCUCAUUAUUCCCUGCCUGAGUAUAUUGUUUCGGAUCCGGAGAAUAUAGCCGAGCUGCCAGCAAGGAACAGCAACGAGGACAAGAAUGGCGAGGAGGCGGAAGACAACUUGGAUGCAGAUGAGAUCUUACGGCGAAGACAAGAAAAAGGCAAAGCUGUUGUUAAUGCUGAAGAUUUGAUAAACAUUCGAGUCAAAGUAUCAGAUCGUGAGGAGACUCCUCUCAAGGUCACGAUCAGCAAGGAAGAUAAUGCUCGAAUUGUGGCCCUGAAGAUUCUUGAGGAAGCAAGUCUCCCAUUAUCACGGCGCAUCAAAAUUGCCUACAUGGGCAAGAUUAUGGAUGAAGACAAGACGUUAGCAGCCCAAGGAUGGAAGCAGGAGCAUAUCUUGAAUGCAUGGGUGUUCUGA